GAACAGACUCGAGUCACCGACCUCCCUGGACUGUGCGACAGCCGAUUAUCGGAUUGAUGUGUCUCGGUCUUUACAUGACCGUCAUUUCAGUUGCCCCGCAAAGGGAAGCAAAACAAGACACAAUAGAAAACCAGACUACCAAAAUAAAACAGGAAACGGAAACAUACACAACCAUAACAGCUACAUCGUCUUGUCAUCAGUCCUUGGUCCCGUAAGAGAAUACUGACUAAAGGCCGACAUUGUUUUGAUUUUUUUAGGCAGUGUGUUGCUUUGGAAAACGCACCCGUUUUUUGUAUAAAGAUGUUAUUUUAAUGACUUUGAUAAGUAAGCAAGUUACCCACCAAGUUGCAGCGGAAUCGGAUGUUAUAUUUGAGCAAUAUGGCGCCUAACGUGAGUAGAAACAGUAGGGUCGCUUUGGUGUGUUUGUGAGCGCCAUCAGAGCUUCUAUAUGUCCGGAUAAUCCUGUCUGAAUGGACUUUGUGCUGCUCAUCUUUUUCUGAAUGUUUACCUCUCACUCAUCUCCCGGGAGCUACGGAGCUGUUGAAGUGACGCUAGUAGCUUAGCAACGCAGCGUGGCAACGGUGUAAACAAAGCGCUAGAUGCAAAGAGUUUUUGUGUGUAGAAAAGGUUUCUGUGAUAGUGUGAAAAUGUCUAAAGUCCGGAUGCUGAGAGCGAUGGUGAAGCAGCGACUAACCGCGGCUGCUGAAGAGAUAUUUGGGCUGUUUGAAACAACGAUAGCAGAGUACGAGGAGGAACUCUGUCGUUCAAGAGAGGAGAACGAGAGACAACGGGAGCGAAUGGACGCCGUUUUCAACCCUCAGCUUCGGUUACACAGAGCAGACCUCCAGCAGGUGUCGGUGGUUAAAGACUCAGUUCCCCCUGAGCAGCAGGAGAGGAGCUCCAGUCUGGACCAGGAGGACCUAGAGCCCCCCCCACACAUUAAAGAGGAACAGGAGCAGCAGCAGGAGGGAGAGCAGCUUCAAGGGCUGGAGGAGGCUGAUAACAAGUUCCUGAUCACUCCUGUCCCCGUGAAGAGUGAAGAAGAUGAUGGAGAGGAAGCUCAGUCCUCACAGCUUCAUCAAAGACAAAGUGAACACAUGGAAACAGAAGCUGGUGGAGAGGACUGUGGAGGAGCAGAACCAGACAGGAACUCCCAUCCACAUCCACAUCCAGAACCAGAUACUGAGGUAGAGACUGGAGACUCUUCUGAGACUGAGACUGAUGACAGUGCUGAUUGGAAGGAGACCAGAGAACCUCAGUCAAGUCUAAACUCUCCAAAAAAUGAUGAUGUUCCUGUCAGGGAUUCCAGAUGUAGUGCUUGUGAGAAAACAUUUAGCUGCUCUGAGUGUGGGAAAAGAUUCGGCCUACAGACAAAUCUAAAAUGUCACAUGAGAAUCCACACAGGAGAAAAACCUUUCAGCUGUUCAGUCUGUCAGAAGUCCUUUUCACAGAGUGGAGAUUUAAAUAGACACAAGAGAAUCCACACAGGAGAGAAACCUUACAGCUGCUCAGUUUGUGCUUUAAGAUUUCUCAACAAGUCACAUCUGAAGGAUCACGCGAAAACUCAUACAGGAGAAAAACCCUUUAGUUGCUCACUUUGUAAGAAAUCCUUUGCACGGAGCGGAACUUUACACCGACACAUUAGAACCCACACGAAUAACAAACCUUUCGGCUGCAGCUGAAGGAGAGGACUGGGGAGGAGCCAGGCCCAGGUCCAGGGUUUCCACACACAGACGAUUCCAGGAUUUCUUUUUAACCCUUGUGUUUCCCUCAGGUCAAAUAUAUGUCAGAAAUAUGGGUUUCUUUCAACCAAAUUGUCCAAAAUAACAUGGAUGCAUGCAUGUAUGUUGUAUGGAAUCUAGACACAACAUUGUUUGCCCAUAAAAAAUGUGUAUCGCCUUUGGAUAUAGUUAUGUUAAAUUAAUGAAUUUUAAGUGUUUUAUUUAGCUAAGAUUGCAUUGUGUUGUUCUAUCCUAUCCGAUAUUUCCGAGCAGAUUUUCUAGCUGUAUUCUGAUAAAAUCUCCUGUUUGAUAAAAUUAAGUAUUUCAGCAAUCUUCUGUGGACUAAUUUUAACGUAAGGCAAAAAUGAACGCAAAUGAAUUUUCUGUAGUUAAAGGUGCUCUAAGCCAGUGUUUCUCAAA